AGAAAGAACUACUUACCUGAAACGAUUCCCAGAGGAAUUUUCUGACCAUCCAAGUAAGGUAGCUUAUUAGUUUUUCUUUGGGCGGCCAGUUUGUUUGAUUCACUCUCUCCCACACGUAUUCUUCUCCUCCUCCUCCUUCUUGGUCCCCUCUUCUUUAUAUCCAUUCAGGCACUCCUUUUCUCUUUCUGCGUCUUCCCUUCGCAACUAGCAUCAGUAGUAGGUAGAGCUCAGGGAUGGCUUCUCUUCUGAGAUUACUUUCAAUUAUGGCUUUAGUGGUUAUUCUGGUUAUAUUAGGAGCUACAUGGACUGAAUCAGCAAGAGUUUUCACCAUAGUUAACUAUUGUGAAGAAACAAUUUGGCCUGGGAUCACACCGGGUCAGAGCUUUGGUGGAGGUGGAUUUGCAUUAAAACCAGGUCAAUCCAUUGUCUUCACUGCACCAAUUGGAUGGGCUGGUCGGAUAUGGGGUCGAACCGGUUGCAAUUUCGACAAAAAUGGCAAUGGCACUUGCCAAACUGGUAACUGUGGCAAUUCAAUCAAAUGCAUAGCUUCAGGAAACCCGCCGGCCUCACUUGCUGAAUUUACGCUUGCAUCUGUCGAUUAUUACGACGUUAGCCUUGUUGAUGGAUUCAAUUUACCGGUAGUUGUUAGACCGCUUAAUGGUAAGGGGAUCUGCAGUAUUGCAGGUUGUGAUGGUGACUUGAGACCCUAUUGCCCGCUAGAACUCGCGGUUAAAUCCGGCAAGAAAAUCAUCGGUUGCCGGAGUGCUUGUGAUGUAUUCGGUACUGAUCAAUACUGCUGUAAUGGUGUCUAUGGGAACCCAGUGACAUGCCAGCCUACUUAUUACUCCAAGAAGUUUAAACAGGCUUGCCCUGCAGCUUACAGUUAUGCAUAUGAUGAUCCAACCAGUAUUUUUACAUGCUCGGCACCCGAUUAUGUCGUCUCCUUCUGCUCAUCAAGGAAGAAAAAGGUUUGCACAUAUCAUGAUCACAAGGCCAUCUGCAGUGGAUCAAAUGGCUUAAAAUCACUUGCUGGAAGACACUGGGCUGUAAUUCUCGCGUUCAUGCUGAUAAUUAAUCUAUGGAUUAAGAAUUAAGCAAAUAUAUUUCUUGUUUCUUUUUUUCCCCUUCCUCUACUUUCUUGAAAAUAUAAGAUGAACAGUAUAAAGUUGUACAGAAAUUGUUUUCAAUGCAGCAAUGUUUGAGUGUAGAAGAUUAUAUAAAAAAAUAUUCGAGUGUUGUGAUGAGUUUGAUGAUACCAUUCCACAAA